UCCGAUCAAAUCUUAUUUUUUAUAUUAGUUUGUUUAUUUAUUACAUGAUUUACGUGAGUAGCGGUGUAUUUUAAUUAGAAAGAAACCUAACCAAAGUCUUUCCGUCUGUUUAUCAUCCCCAUGUCGUACUAUUUGAAUAGGUCAAACUUGUACUGUAAAUAAUUAACAACAUUAGCCGACUGAUCCUGUCACACAUGUCCUUUCUUUUGUUAAAUGAUUAUUUCUUCACCAUAUGAAUUAUAAAAACAAAAUUAUAAUUUGAUUGAUUAACCUAGAUUCUUCUCUUGUUUUUAAGUAAAAUGUGAUCGAUAUGGUUUCUCGUCUUUCAAGAUGUAAGCGUAGGAGACUUUUGGCUUGUGGAAGAUGACAUCUCAAGCAGAGUUUUUUUCUAGGUCUUGUUCACGGACUAUACAACAAGGCAAUUACCAAAACAAACUCAGUCUUAUCCGGAGAAACCAAAAAAAAAAAUGAAAAUAAAUGGAGAAGGUGGAGAGUUGUGAGAGGGACAGGUAAAUCUACCAAUGCAUCCUCCUGCUUCAGAAGAACGAGUCACAUUGAUAGAGUUUGGUUACAUAAACUUAUAUAUAACCUAUUUUCUUUCACAACUCUCUUUUCAAAAGUAGCAUAACCUUUCAAUUAAAACAGAGUCUUCCCUGGAUCUCUCUGUUUUUCUGACAUUGCCGUGAAAGUCUCAAACGCUCGUCCUAUAAAGCAAACUCAUUACAAAAAGAAACACACUUUUGUCCGAAAGUUUAGCUCUUUGAAACGCGUCAGGGAAAGAGAAAUCCACAAGACUCUCUCUUACCUCUUCUCUGUUUUUUUCUGUGUUGAGUUUCUUUUUUUGUUUGUUUUCUUCGAAAAUGAUGUGUUAUGAAAACGAAUCCAACCUGGACCGUUUCCUUCGCUGCACAACACCAGUCGUCCCUUCGCUUUCUCUCCCAAAGACACAGAUCAAGAACCUGAAUCGUCUAUGGUACCCUUCGGAGAGCGAGAGCGUUGAGUAUUUCAGGUUAAGUGAUUUUUGGGAUUGUUUCGACGAGUGGAGCGCAUACGGUGCAGGUGUUCCCAUCUUGUCUGAAACAGGCGAGACAUUGGUCCAAUACUACGUUCCUUACCUCUCUGCUAUCCAGAUUUUCACUUCUCAUUCUGCUCUUAUUGCCCUAAGGGAGGAGACUGAGUCUGGGGACUCAGGGAGCGAGACGUGUAGCGAGGAAUGGAGAUGGGAAGGAUGGUCUUCGUCAGAGGAAGGAGUGGAUCAUCAAGAACCUCUCGAUCGUCUCGGUUACUCUUACUUGCAGUAUUUCGAGAGAUGUACUCCUUAUUCUCGAGCCCCUCUCAUGGAUAAGAUCAAAGGGUUGGGAGAAAGACAUGCAGGCUUGAGGUCAUUGAGGAGUGUUGAUCUGUCUCCUGCGAGUUGGAUGGCUGUUGCUUGGUAUCCAAUCUAUCGCAUCCCCAUGAACCGAAGCAUAAAGGACUUGUCUACUUGCUUCCUCACUUACCACACACUUUCUUCAUCUUUUCAAGAUGUGCAGAAAGAGAAGAGGGAAAGAAUAAGUGUUGGUGCAUUUGGGAUGGCCACCUACAAAACGCAAGGGAGACUAUGGGACAAUGAUAGAUUGCUUUGCCUUUUGAGCGUAGCAGAUUCUUGGCUAAAGCAGCUAAGGGUCCACCACCAUGACUUCACCUACUUCACCACUACUCCUUAUCAUCUCUAAUAACAGCAUAGUGUUUUUAGAUUGAGUCUUGGUUAACAAUCUAUUUAGUUUUGUGUGUUUAAGAGUAGCUAGAGAUAUCAAUAACGUUGAACAACAUUUGGAAGUCUUAGAAAACAACAUGCACUGACUUUUUCUUCAAAAUGUUUUCAUCUUAGAUUUGGUUUUGGGUGUGUACGGUAGAUUAUGGGCAUAAUACAUUUUAUUAUCUUCUAAUGUUUUAUGGCUUUUCUGUUUUGUAUAAACGCCGGUUCUGGUGAUUUUGCUUGUAUACAAAGUCCAAAUCGUGGCAGCAUUCUUGCUAAUAGGGAUUAAAGGCUAGACUAGCACUAAUUGAAUUGCCUAAUUACUAAGCUUCUUAUAGAGCUAAAGUGUAAAAUAUUAUUACAACAAGCAAUAAAAGUGUUUUUGAUGAAAGUAAAAGAAAGACAAGUUUGCCUCAAGUUUCGGAUUUUUCUACCACUACACUUCCACCUUUUAUUAACUUAUAAUUCUCAACUAAAAGCUUCCUAUAACAACUAUAGAUUCCAAAAAAAAAAAAAUUUGAUUUCGACAUGACAUCUCUCUAUAUUUCAAACCAUCUGCAACUAUAAGUUCUGAUGAACAUAUCAAGAAUAUAUAUUUAUGCACGUAAGAUAACAUGUUGAAAUAAGUUACAAACUUGAAAAUCUAUUUUUUCAAACUUGGUCGGUGUUUACUACCAAAAAGAAGAAAGAUGAAGAAGGACUUGGUCGGUUUUGCGAGUAUCUUUCAGAGGGGGAGAAAAGAACAAAAUAUCAUAAAAAGUGAAAGCUGGGUUUGACCAAUCACCGACCCGGAGGAGUGAAUAUUAUAUAAUCAAGUAAAUAAAUAAAUAAAUAAUUUAUAGGGUCGAAUUAAUAAGUUAGACAUAAAAAUGGUAAUUCUUGUGGGGAUGUUAUCCUUAGCCGCGACUAGCCGACCAUUACCAAAACCACCAUCAUCGUUUCAAUUUGCAUUAACCUCCUGUGAUCUCUUGAUUAUUGAUUAUACUAAUCUUAUCAUUUAGAGCUUCCGACUUGUCGCAUUUAGAUGAAUGAAUGUAUUCACCGUCCAAAAAACAGAGACUGCCACAUAGUUGCACGGACGUUAAUGGUUUUGUAUCCUCCGUGUUGUGUUUUUAUGUGUCAACGUCUCUCUUUUUUAUAGGCUAAUUUUUUAAAAUAUGAAUUAGAGUGAAAGCAAAGGAAUCAUUCUAGUAACACCAAAAAGAUGAGAUAGACCGAAAGCUGAGAUAUUUUAUAACUAACUCUCAUAUAUAAAGACCAUGGAGUCAUCCCUCUCUGUUGUAAAUAGACACAAAAGCAAACACUAUAUUCUCUUUCUCGUCAAGGUUUUCUUUUUGUUCUCUGUUUUGGUAAAAACAAGUGUGAUCACAGAGAUGGACUUUGACGAGGAGCUGAAUCUUUGUAUCACCAAAGGUAAGAAUACCGAUCCUUAUUUUGGGGAAGCUUCUUCGUCCCCAAGAUCUAUCAAGAAGAUGAGAGAUACUGAUCAUCGAUCUAAACCCUAUUUCCCUUUUACUCUCGAUCCGACCAUUCAAAAUCAACAACAGCAGCACUUCGGAUACGUUCAACAACACGACCAGACAAUGCAAGGCCAGAACCAAAUGAUCUCGUUUAGUCCUCAACAGCCGCAGCAGCAGUAUUGGAGCGGCACAUUGAAUCUGAGCCAAGAAAGUGUUCAGCCGUACAGCGCAACAAAGCUGUACAGAGGAGUAAGACAACGUCAGUGGGGAAAAUGGGUCGCAGAGAUACGCAAGCCACGGAGCAGAGCGCGUCUCUGGCUUGGUACCUUUGAUACAGCUGAAGAAGCUGCCAUGGCUUAUGACCGUCAAGCUUUUAUAUUGAGGGGUCAUAGUGCCACACUUAAUUUUCCAGAGCAUUAUGUUAAUAAGGAAAUUGAGCCGCUUGAUGAAACUGAUGCCUCAAGCUCGUUGGAUCAGAAACAAUCCGAGGCGCCGCAGCCAUACGAGGUUAACUUGGAGAGCAAGGAAGAAGCAGUGAGUGAUGGUGUUGUGGAGGAUGGGAUGGCUGAGGCAUGGUUGAAUGCUGUUACAGCGGGAUGGGGUCCUGAAAGUCCUCUUUGGGAUGAUUUGGACAGUUCUCAUUUUCCACAAUGCUCGUCUACUUCUUCUGCUUCUUGUCCCAUGAGACCUUACUUUUGAAUAAGGUCAUAGAGGGGUCACGUUUUAGGUUUUAGAUUAGGGUUUCGCUCAUUGGCAUUUGGAUGGAGACAGUUUUUGUGAUCUCCCACUCCACACAUCAGACUAUUUAUAUCUACCGGACAUGAUUCCCCCUAAAUUUCCAUUAGUAUAUUGUUAUCAUUUUUUAUGUGUGUGUGUUGCUGAUUUAUAGAUGUCCUAUUUGAUCAUCAAGUUUGUUUUAUGGCAUCAUACAAUUUUAUUUCUCUGCA